AUGGAUUUGUUUGAUAGCGAUGAUGAUACGUGUAGUGUAAGCUCCUUCUUCAGCAUGCGGUAUGAGAGACCUCGCAUGGAUGAAGUUCACGUUCACAAAGAUCUUAUGUUGGAUCAAUCCCUUGAUGCUCUCUAUGAGAAAAGGAGUUCAACGAGAGAGAAAGCUUUGGCCUCCAUUGUCGAAGCAUUCAAGAGUGAUUUGCAACAUGAGUUCUUGCAAAAGAACUUUUCCACUUUGUUGCAUCAGUGUUUACACUGCAUCAAGAAAAGUCCCACUAAAGAGUCCUCACUAGCAUCACAUGUUAUUGUUAUUGUUGCGUUUACAAGGUUGAUAGCUUUGACUGUUGGACUUGGGAAUCAAGCACAAGAGAUUCUGGAAUAA